AUGCCAAAGCCACCCAGACUCUCUCUGUUCAAGGCCAUAGGAGUUCCGGUUCUCGCCGGUCUCUUCUACUACGUGCCAAGACAGCUGCAGCCUGCAAGCAAUGUUGAGACGUGGCUUUUCUUCGACGGCGUUUGCAAUCUGUGUGACGGGUUCGUCAACUUCGUCUACGCCGGCGAUUCGCAGGGCCGUAUCCGCUUCGGCGCGCUGCAGAGACACAAAGAGCUCUUGGAAAGAUACGGUGCCGGCCGCUAUGCCGAGGGUGGAGAGGAGGGAAUGUCCACAGUCGUGGUGAUACAGGAUAGCCAGGUCUUUGUGCGCUCCAGCGCCGCUUUGCGUGUGCUGGCUGUAAUGGACCCUCCGUGGAGGCUGUUUGCGAUCUUCUACCUGAUUCCGACGCCGCUGCGUGACUUCGUGUACCGCGUGGUGGGGCACAACAGAUACGCCAUCUUCGGCCGGAAGGAGCAGUGCAUGACCCCCAGUGGCGACUUCAAAAGGAGGUUCCUGGAAUACAAUGCAGCGGAUGAGGAGGAAGUCCAUCCCAUCUUCAAGUGA